AUGCCAAGCUUGAAUACCGAUGCUAAUAUUGUUGGCAAUUGCAGAGAAAUCAUCACAAUUCAAGCCGGCCAGUGCGGCAACAACGUCGGCAGUCAGUUUUGGCAGCAGCUUUGCCAGGAGCAUGGGAUCAGCGCAGAUGGAAACUUGGAAGAGCAUGCGACCGACGGGGCGGCCGGUGAUCGCAAAGAUGUCUUCUUCUACCAGAGUGACGACACAAGGUACAUCCCUCGAGCGAUUCUCCUCGAUUUAGAACCCAGGGUCCUCAACGCCAUCCAAACUGGCCCUUACAAGAAUAUUUACAACCCCGAGAACUUCUUCGUCGGACAACAAGGUAUCGGAGCUGGAAACAAUUGGGGUACCGGAUAUGCUGCAGGCGAGGGCGUACAAGAGGAGAUUUUCGAUAUGAUCGACCGCGAAGCAGACGGAAGUGACUCACUAGAGGGAUUUAUGCUUCUACAUUCGAUCGCAGGAGGAACAGGCUCCGGACUGGGAAGUUUCAUCCUGGAGCGCAUGAACGAUCGAUUCCCGAAGAAACUCAUCCAAACCUACUCUGUCUUCCCGGACACACAGUCCGAUGUCGUCGUCAACCCUUACAACAGUUUGCUUGCCAUGCGACGAUUGACCCAGGAUGCUGACUCUGUGGUCGUCCUCGACAAUGGUGCUCUGUCACGAAUUGUCGCCGAUCGGCUCCACGUUCAAGAGCCCUCGUUCCACCAAACGAACCAACUCGUUUCAACGGUGAUGUCUGCAUCUACAACCACACUACGAUACCCUGGGUACAUGCACAACGAUCUUGCCGGGAUCAUCGCCUCGCUCAUCCCUACCCCACGCAGCCACUUCCUUCUCACAUCAUACACACCUUUCACGGGCGCCAACAUCGAGCAAGCCAGGACAGUGCGAAAGACAACUGUGCUAGACGUCAUGCGUCGCCUUCUACAGCCCAAGAACCGCAUGGUCUCCGUCAACCCCAGCAAAUCCAGCUGCUACAUCAGCAUCCUCAACAUCAUCCAGGGCGAAGCCGACCCGACCGACGUGCACAAGUCACUGCUACGUAUUCGGGAGCGUCGCCUCGCUUCUUUCAUCCCCUGGGGCCCUGCCAGUAUCCAGGUUGCUCUAACGAAGAAAUCCCCGUAUAUCGAGGAAACCGGCCACCGCGUCAGUGGGCUGAUGUUGGCCAACCACACCUCUGUCGCGACCCUAUUCAAGCGCAUUGUGAAGCACUACGACAUGCUCCGCAAGCGCAAUGCCUUCUUGGAUUCAUAUAAGAAGGAAGCGCCAUUUGCUGACGGACUUGGCGAAUUUGACGAGGCACGUGCGGUUGUGAUGGAUCUGAUCGGUGAGUACGAGGCAGCCGAGCGAGAGGAUUAUCUGGAUCCAGAUGCAGGCAAGGCAAACGACCCUGGGGUAUGA